AUGUUGAAGAAAAUUCAGGUAAACAUUCCAUUGAUUGAUACUUUAAAGGAGAUGCCUGGCUAUGCAAAGAUAAUGAAGGACUUGAUGUCCUGCAAGUUCGAUUUUCAAGACUUGGCCACGGUUAUACUGACUCAGACCUGCAGUACUGUUGUGAUGAGACCCAUAUCUGAGAAGUUGUCUGACCCAUGGAGUUUCACAAUCCCGUGCACAAUAGGCAACUUUGCAUUUUCUAAGGCACUAUGUGAUUUGGGAGCAAGCAUAAACCUUAUGCCCCUAGCUAUCUACAAAAGGCUAGGAAUUGGAAGAGCUAGACCCACGUCUAUGCUACUACAGCUGGCUGACCGAACAGUGAAGAGGCCCUUUGGGAUUUUGGAUGAUGUAUUGGUGCAGGUUGGAAAAGAGCUCAAGAUGAGAUUAAAUGAUAAAGAGAUAACAUUCAACGUUCAGAAAUCUAUGCGGAGACCGAAUGAAUUUUCUAAUUGCUCUCUAAUAAAUGCGGUGAAUGUAGUCCCGGAGGAGGAAUAUGAAGCUUUGAACAUUAAAGACCCUCUAGCAGCUUGUCUUAUGAACUUAGACGAAGCUAAUGGUGAAGACUUGGCAGAGUGGGUACUUGCUCUUGAAGGCCAAGGUUUUUGGAAAAGGGAGCUUGAAUUUGAGGCUUUGCACUUAGAGGAAAGGAAACUCCUCUAUCUAAGUCGUCAAUAG